AUGGAGCCGUACUCGUUCCCCGUCAACCCGUCGUACACGACGUCGCCCUCUCCCGGGCGUCCAUACACGCCUCCGGACAACGCCGGCAUUUACCCCGCGGCCCUCUCCGGCCCGAGCGCCGGUGAGCUCUCUUCGGACAGCAUGUCCCAUCGCCGCCGGGGCAGCGGCACCGCCUCGCCCGCGUCCUCCGCGCACGGCGGCUCGAACCUUUCGGCAGUCCCGCGCUCCCAUCGUUUCAACCCGCUCGGUCCGUCCGGUAUCCCCAGCAGGGCCGUCCGUGAACGCAAGAAGCGUACCAAGACCGAGGACUUUGGCAGCGACGACGAGGAUGACGUCGAGUUCACCCCUUCCAGCCUUCCCGCUGGUUCCGAUAUGCGUCGCGAGGAAAUCCGUCGCCAACGUAUCGAGUCGGAACAGCGCCGGAGGGAUGAACUCCGCGACGGCUACCGCAGGCUCAAGGACGCGCUCCCCGUGUCCAACCAGAAGUCCAGCAAGGUUUGCCUGCUCGACCGCGCGACGACCCACAUCAAGUACUUGGAGAUGACGAACCAGCAACUGCAGACCCGUGUUCAACAGGCCGAGGCCGAGGUACAGCGGCUGCGCCAGUUCAACGAGGCGCUCAUGCUCGGCACCGCUGAGCAGCGCCACGCAGCAGCUGCCGCUGCCGCCGCCGCGUCCACCACCAACGUAUACUAA